UCUCCUUUACUUGUCCGUAACUGGCUAUAGCUAUAUAACUCUGACCUCUCCAAUAUUUUUAUCUUCAACCCAAUUCCAUUUCAAAGAAUCUGGAAACGAGGCUGCCAGAGAUGAACAAUGGAAUAGCAGAGAUGGCUCUCAGCAGCCUAGGCAAAGGAUUUGAUUUAACAUCUGAUUUUCGUCUCAAGUACUGUAAAGGCAAAGACAGAUUAGUUCUGCUUAAUGAAGCUGAAACAAGAGAUCUCUUGGUCCCUUGUUUCGGAGCUGUGAAAGAUGUAUCCAUUGAUAUCAAGUGUGAUAAAGGUGAUCGAGUUCGAUAUCAAUCCGACAUCCUUGAGUUUCAACAGAUGUCUGAGGUUUUCAACCAGAAAUCAUCUGUGCCUGGAAAAAUCCCAUCAGGGUUGUUUAAUUCCAUGUUUGGAUUUGAAGGAGGUAGUUGGGCAGCUGAUGCAACCGCCACUAAAUAUUUGGGACUUGAUGGCUACUUCAUUGUUCUAUUUGAUGUUCAUAUUGAUCGGUAUCCUCUAAUUCUCUCCGACGAAGUCCUCAACGCAGUUCCAUCCUCCUGGGAUCCUUGCGCCAUUGCUAGAUUCAUUGAAAAAUAUGGAACUCAUAUUGUGGUGGGGUUGGGCAUUGGUGGCCAAGACGUGGUCUUAGUCAGGCAAGAUAGAUCUUCCAACUUGGGUCCAUCUGAGCUCAAGAAACACUUGUAUGACCUUGGAGAUCAAUUGUUUACUGGGACUUGCAAUUUUUCACCUAAAUCUAGAGAGCAGCAGAACAAGGCACCACAAGCAUUCAAUGUCUUUGAUCCUCAACCUGAAACCUUCAAUAGCUUCUCAUCCAUGAGUAGAAAAGAUGGAAUCACAGUGAUAUGUGCAAAGAGGGGAGGAGAUCUAUCAGCAAACAGUCAUUGCGAGUGGCUUCUGACUGUUCCGUCGAAGCCAGAUGCCAUUCAUUUUAAUUUUAUACCAAUAACUUCUCUACUCAAAAGUGUUCCUGGCAAAGGCUUCUUAUCACAUGCUAUCAACCUUUAUCUUCGAUACAAGCCUCCUAUAUCUGAUUUACAUUACUUUCUUGAUUUCCAAUCUCACAAGAUUUGGGCUCCUAUUCACAAUGACCUUCCGCUAGGUCCUACAACAAAUAUGGCAGGUCCUUCACCUGCUCUCCAUUUCAACAUGAUGGGUCCUAAAUUAUAUGUAAAUACUGCACAGGUUACGGUAGAAAAAAAGCCUGUAACUGGAAUGAGAUUCUAUCUUGAAGGCAGGAAAGGCAACAGGUUAGCGAUACACCUCCAACAUCUAUCGAUUACUCCAAAAAUUCUUCAAAACAAAAUAGAUGAUGCCCAGUGGUGGCGAGGAUCAGAAGAAAACAAUGAUGAUGGAUUCAUCGAAGCUGUCUCUCGAAAAAUGUUCUCCCAUAUAUGCACAGCACCUGUAAAAUACAACCCAAGAUGGAGUACAAGAACAGAAGAAGCUUACAUUGUCACAGGAGCUCAACUUCACGUAAAGAAACACGAAUCAAAGAAUGUCCUCCAUCUUCGGUUACUGUAUUCCAAGGUUUCAGAUUCUAUCGUAGCGCAGUCUCGGUGGGUUCAAGUCUCCUCUGAAUAUUCUCAAAAAUCUUCAGGCUUACUCUCUGCCCUGAGCACGUCGCUAUCAGGAAGUCUUGCGAAGGAGAAACCGCAGGCAGUGGUUGUUGAUUCAAGUGUGUUCCCAUCAGGACCUCCAUUGCCAGUGCAAACACAGAAGCUUUUGAAAUUUGUGGACUUGUCACAGCUAUGUAAAGGGCCUCAGGAUAGUCCUGGACAUUGGCUGGUAACUGGGGCUAAGCUGGAGUUGGAGAGAGGGAAAAUAUGCUUGCAGGUUAAAUUCUCCUUGUUAAAUAUCUGUUCCUGAAACAGGAUUUUUUUUCUCAGAUAUAUACAUUUACAGGCAGUAUAAUUCUCAAUGUCACCCAUAGAAUUGUGUACAUAUAGGGCUGGUGGCUUUGAGAUUAUAGCAAGAAAAUUAUUUUGAUUCUUAUAAACAAUAUGUAUAUGAGAAUCCAGAAUGUUUUAGUCAAUUAAUUAAUUAAUUAUUAGUUAAG